AAGUCUUCUUACAUCUGGCCCUGGCACAACUACCUCCAUGGACGACCCCAGAUGAAGCUUAUGCUUUUGGUCAAGCCACUUGUUCUUUCCACAAUCACACUGAGCAUCGCCAUUUUCAUCGUGCUUCUGUUCCCCAAAAACCCAUCUUUUCGAGAGGCUGAUCCCAUGGCUCGAAGCUUUGUUCUGUGGCUUCAUGGUCUCGGAGACUCUGGUCCUGCCAACGAACCCAUUAAGACCCUCUUCACUUCUCCCGAGUUCAGAAAUACAAAAUGGCUGUUCCCUUCUGCGCCUUCGAAUCCAGUCACUUGCAACUAUGGUGCUGUAAUGCCUUCGUGGUUUGACAUUCACGAGAUUCCUGUGACAGCUGAUUCUCCAAAAGACGAGAGUGGUUUGCUGAAAGCUGUUCAGAAUGUGCAUGCAACAAUAGACAAGGAAAUAGCUGCUGGCACAAACCCUAAUAAUGUAUUCGUCUGUGGGUUCAGUCAAGGAGGUGCCUUGACCUUGGCUAGUGUUCUGCUGUACCCUAAAACUUUAGGUGGAGGUGCUGUUUUUAGUGGAUGGGUUCCUUUCAAUUCAUCUAUGGUCGAACGGGUUACAAAUGAGGCCAAACGGACACCCAUAUUAUGGUCCCAUGGGAUUGCUGAUAGAACAGUAUUGUUUGAGGCAGGACAAGCAGGCCCCCCAUUUCUUGAGAAGAUUGGUGUGAGCUGUGAGUUCAAGGCUUAUCCUGGUCUUGGUCACUCAAUAAACAAUGAGGAGCUUAAGUCUCUGGAGUCAUGGAUCAAGGCUCGUCUGCAGAGCUCUUCCUAACAUUGUUUUGCUGUUUCAGUCUUUGGACAUUUUAUUCCAACUAGGCAAAUCAAGAAGUUAAUGGCGGGAAUUGGGUUUUUUCUUUUUUUUGGUUAUAAAUCAUUUUACAAAUACAGUGUACCUAUAUUUGAUACUAUCAUUGGAAAUAAGAUGAGCAGGGACUUGACAGUUGGUCAUCAGUAAAAAAAUUGAUUACUCCA